AAGAUUCAUUUCUUACAGACUUGUUACAAAUUUCAUAUUACAAGUCCAAGCAGAUUCUCUGAAAAAACAAUUCAAAUACCUUUUUUUAAAAACCCAGAAAAUGUGUGGACAAAUUCACAACUAUUGCCCAACUUAACAAUACAUCUUUAUUUUAAAUCUAAAGCAGAGGUUGGAUUUACUUAUUUAUAGAUUUAUUUCUUUAACCUGUCAUUUUUUUAAUCCCAAAACUGCAAAUCUAACUAUCCAACAAAGGGAAAUAGAAUCUCCAUCUUCCAGCCUUCUACCACGACUUAGAUUAUAUAUUUGGGAUCAGGACAGGAGACUUUUUGUCUAUCUGCCAACCAGAGAGAGACUGUACAUUUAGCAGGCACACCACAUCCCCUGCCGAACCACUUUUUUUCUUGUCAGGCUCUUGCCCGCCAUUGUUAAGAGGAACUUUAUGAACCUUUAUAUAAAUUUAACUGAACAUUUUUCAUUUUUUUUGCAACCUGGUUCUUUUCCUAGAAAUGAUGUGUCCCUUAGGUUACACGUCAUCCCUGUUUUGGGAUUUUCUAAGUCCAAUUAUACAGAUACUGCUGUAUAACCUUUGGCAUUAAAGCCUAUUUGUGUUCAUGGGGUUUCGACACCCUACUUAGGUUACAGUAGUAACCCUUUCUCUUUUAUAAUUUAAUAGCUGCCUCACUGGCCAUCAGUCAUUUUACUGACAAUGAUGAUCAAGUUUAGUUUUUAACCCCUUUAAAUUCACAGAGCCAAAAUGAUUUUUCUCUCCUAGGAAUGCCAGAAUCACCUCCGCAGAUAUGGAAAUGUGAAUCUGGAACUGGUGACUCGAAUCAUUAGAGAUGGUGGCCCAUGGGAAGAUCCAGUGUUGCAAGCUGUCCUUAAAGCUCAGCCAGCAUCUCAGGAGAUAGUGAACAAAUAUUUAAGUUCUGAAAAUCCACUGUUCUUUGAACUACGUGCCAGAUACCUAAUUGCUUGUGAACGCAUACCCGAAGCAAUGGCUCUUAUUAAAUCUUGUAUAAAUCACCCAGAAAUCAGUAAAGACUUAUACUUCCAUCAAGCACUCUUCACAUGUCUGUUUAUGUCACCUGUAGAAGAUCAGCUAUUCCGGGAGCAUUUAUUGAAAACUGAUUGUAAGAGUGGAAUUGAUAUCAUCUGUAAUGCCGAAAAAGAAGGCAAAACUAUGUUAGCCUUGCAACUCUGUGAAUCCUUUCUUAUUCCACAGCUCCAGAAUGGGGAUAUGUACUGUAUCUGGGAGUUGAUUUUCAUAUGGAGUAAACUACAGCUUAAAUCUAAUCCUUCAAAACAAGUUUUUGUAGAUCAAUGCUACCAGCUUUUAAGAACAGCAACUAAUGUGAGAGUCAUAUUUCCUUUCAUGAAAAUCAUCAAAGAUGAGGUUGAAGAAGAAGGCUUGCAAAUUUGUGUCGAAAUAUGUGGUUGUGCUCUGCAACUUGACCUUCAUGAUGAUCCCAGAACUAAAUGUCUGAUUUAUAAAACAAUUGCACAUUUUUUGCCAAAUGAUUUGGAGAUCCUCAGGAUUUGUGCACUCUCAAUAUUUUUUCUGGAGCGCUCCUUAGAAGCGUAUCGUACUGUUGAAGAGCUUUACAAACGUCCAGAUGAAGAAUAUAAUGAAGGCACAAGUAGUGUUCAAAAUCGUGUUCGUUUUGAAUUGCUUCCGAUUUUGAAAAAGGGAUUGUUUUUUGACCCUGAAUUUUGGAACUUUGUAAUGAUUAAGAAAAACUGCGUAGCAUUAUUGAGUGAUAAAUCAGUAGUUAGAUUUCUAAAUGAAAGCACACUGGAAAAUAAUGCAGGUAAUCUAAAAAGGACAGAAGAACAGCAAGGUUUGGAUGAAGGGUUUGACUCUCUUACAGAUCAGAGCACUGGAGAGACUGAUCCUGAUGAUGUAUCUGGAGUGCAGCCUAAAGGUCAUAUUAAUACGAAGAAAAACUUUACAGCUCUUAAUACUUCCAAAGUAGAUCACAAUGUCCCAAGGCAUCGUUGUAUGUUAUGUAACAAGGAAUUUUUAGGUGGUCACAUCGUAAGGCAUGCCCAGGCUCAUCAGAAAAAAGGCAGUUUUGCAUGUGUAAUAUGUGGUAGGAAAUUUAGAAACAGAGGACUUAUGCAGAAGCAUUUAAAGAAUCAUGUUAAGAAGAUACAGAGACAGCAAAUUGCUGCAGCUCAACAGGAUGAUCAGGAAGUCACUGCUUUGGAAGAAAUAAAUUGUUCUAAUUCUUCCAUUUCAUUUGAAAAUGGAAAUUCUGAUAGUAAAGAUUUGCAAGUAGAGACUCUUACUGCUUCUAGUGAAGGAAACAAAGAAGUCAUCCCUGAGCAUGUGGCUGAAUUCAUUGAAAUUCCCAUAAGUGUACCAGAAGAUGUUAUUGAAAAUGUUAUUGAAAAUGGCAGUCCUGAUACUUCUUUAAAUAAUGUCUUGAAGCCUUUACCUGAAUGUGGGGAUGAUUAUGAGGAGGAAGAGGAUGAAGAAGGUGAUUAUGAAGAAGAUGAUUAUGACCUGAAUCAAGAAACUUCAGUAAUUCAUAAAAUCAAUGGAACUGUGUGCCAUCCAAAAGACAUAUAUGCCACAGAUCAAGAAGGAAACUUUAAGUGUCCUGCUCUUGGCUGUGUCCGGAUAUUUAAAAGAAUUGGGUUUCUAAAUAAACAUGCAAUGACCGUACAUCCCACUGAUUUAAAUGUGCGACAAACAGUAAUGAAGUGGAGCAAAGGAAAAUGCAAAUUUUGUCAAAGGCAAUUUGAAGAUUCUCAACAUUUUAUAGACCACCUUAAUAGACAUAGCUAUCCAAAUGUGUAUUUUUGUUUGCAUUUUAAUUGCAACGAGUCAUUUAAGCUGCCAUUCCAGCUUGCCCAGCACACAAAAAGUCACAGGAUAUUUCAAGCUCAGUGUAGUUUUCCAGAAUGCCAUGAGCUUUUUGAAGAUCUUCCUCUGCUAUAUGAACAUGAAGCUCAGCACUAUUUAAGUAAAACACCAGAAUCAUCUGCACAACCAAGUGAAACAAUUCUUUGGGAUGUUCAUACAGACUCAAAUCCUAAUCAUCAGGAAAAAGACUCAUCUAGUAAUGAGAAACAAACUAUUAGUCUGCCAGUUUCUACUAGCAAAUCAAGGAAAGAGUCUACAGAACCAAAGACAUGUAUAGAAAGUAUGGAAAAGAAAACAGACAGUUUAGUUCAGAAUGGAAAUGAACGUUCUGAUGACACUGUUUCAAAUAUAAGCUUGAUAGACCAAAAGAUGCCUGACAUAGAGCCAAAUUCUGAAAAUAAUUGUAGUAGUAGUGAUUUAGUCAAUGGACAUAGUGAAAUAGAGCAAACACCUUUAGUUUCAUCGGAUCCUGCUUUGAAAAUUGAUACAAACAGAAUCAGGACAGAAAAUGGUUCCAUUUUACCCAGUGUUGUACCACAAGAACACAAUACCUUGCCAGUAUCUCAGGCACCUUCCAAACCAAAUCUGACAAGUGAACAUACUUCAUAUGGCUUAAUUUUAACAAAACCAUACGUCAGACCAUUGCCUCCCAGUUACCUUGAUGAACGGUAUCUUAGUAUGCCAAAACGCAGAAAAUUUCUGACUGAUAGAGUAGAUGCCUGUUCUGAUCAAGAUAACGUGUAUAAAAAAUCAGUGAAAAGAUUAAGAUGUGGCAAAUGCCUGACCACCUACUGUAAUGCAGAAGCACUUGAGGCUCAUCUUGCACAAAAGAAAUGUCAGACACUCUUUGGAUUUGAUUCAGAUGAUGAAAGUGCCUGAUGAAAAUAUUUCAGAAAGAUCUAUCAAUCAAGCAGUAGAGUGAAAAAAACACUAUAAGAAAAUGCAUCAUCAGUUUGCUAUUUCCCUGAUGGCCUUAAUUUUAGAGUGGUCUCGGAUUACUAAAGAUAAAGACAAAGCACAUUUUCUAGAAUGAACUCACAGAGAUGUGCUGGCUUAGACUCCAAAAGGGUUAUUAUAAAACUCCCAAAGUACCAGUUUUCCAGAAAACCACAUUUUAAAGUUUAUGAUGAUUAAUAGCAGCAGCAUGUUCAGUUUCGCUUAUAUGAGAAACAUGUUUAGGCAACUAGUCAGAAAACCAGCUAUGGCCUUACAGAAAGGGAAAAGUUAACACAUUAUUAAAGUGUGUGGGGAGGGGGGCUGGUUUACAAUAAUAAACCAUUUAAAGUAUUUUAUUCUACAAAUGGGGUUUGUUUUCUCAUCAUGCAUAAUCAGAUUAUGUCCCCUCCCUUCUGGUCAAACAUGUUGAAGGAACCGCUGCUGUUUCGUUUGUGAUGAUUUAGAAACUUAUACAUUAACACACCACAGUGCUAUCAAUUAAAGAUUGUAACUGGUUUCCAGAUGAUUAAUUAAGUCAAAGUUCAAUGAAUGGCACGCCAGCAUUGAAAAUUAAGAAAUUUAAAAAAAAACCACAGUGCUUUGCUAAUAAGCUCUUGAUGGAACCUCCCACUAACCACUUUUGUGGUAUAAAUUAGUUACAUUUAAAGGGCAGCAGUAUCAAUAAAAUAGGGGGAAAAAACCAUCAGUAACUCUGGGGAGAGAUGAAAGGAAUCUAAGACUUUACAGGCUUUGUAGUUGAAGGAAAACACUGAAUUGCAAAUUAUUCAAUGUGAAUAAUGGUAAAAGCACACUGGGAUAUUUCUGUUUGUAUAUAUGUUGGGAUAUUAAAAUAACUGGCUCAAAAAAUCAGCUAAGAAUCAGGUUGAGAAUUCAUUCAUUUUACUCUAUUAGGAGAGGUAAUUCCAAAAUAAGCCAUACUACUCCUGUUUUUUUAUUCAUUAGUGAUGACUCUGGUCUGAAUAGUAAUUUUUAUAUGUAAAAGGCAGUAGUUACGCAAAACAUUUGCACAACACAAUAAGAGAGACAUUCAUGCAUUGUUUUCCUUAGUGAUAAGUUACUUUCCUAAGAAAAUUUUAACUUAAUAAAGUGCUAACAAAAUAAAUAUUUUUAAAAACACUCUCUCAGAUGUUUUCCAUUUGUCCAUUAUGGAAAGGCAGAUGCUUAAAGACUUCCUUUUACCUAAUAGUGUGUUAAUCUAAAACAGGGAUAAAAAUAACAAAAAGGCAAACUGUUUCAAAACGGAUCUCCUAAUGUCCCAAUGUCAAAUAUUCCAGUUAUCCUAAAUAACAAAAUCUUUGUUCAAGGCAGAUAAUCUCAUCAGACCCUAUUAUAUUAGAGCUUCUUCAAUGAGGCUACUAUGGAAGUGGGGAAUUUCAUCCAGGUAGCAUCCAUAUUUUAUUAGGAUUUCCAGAUCAUGAUAGAUCAGAUGAUUUUUUUUUUAAUUUCCCGGUUUUAUUCGUUUAUCAUCAGCAUUCACUACUAUGCAAUGAUGGUCAUAAGUCCAUUCCAAAUUUAAAUUUGUUUCUGUUAUGUAGCCUACAUUAGGCUGUGGAAUUUACAUUUAGGUAACUAAACACAGCUCAUAAUUAAAGUCUUUUCUUUAAGGUCAGCUAAAAAAAUGUUUUCUGUAUUUCUUGAUACUAAAAAUGUAAUGAAUUUUAUUUUAGUUCAUUCUAAAAGUAUGUCUUGUAAUAAAAAGUCUGUUUGGAAACUGGUUCAUUUGGACAGUGAAGUCUUUUGAAAUAUUUCUGCUUUGUACAUUUUCCAGAAGUUUAAUAUUUUAUCACAUUUUUCACAAGUUGUAACAACUGAUAUAAAUCCAUGCCCACAAAGUAUUCCAUUUUCAUUACUUCCAUUGUUCAUGCAAGAUGUUUCAAAUAUAUUUCAUUUGUUAUUUGUCUUUAAUUUGAGGUUUAUUUCUACUUUUGUGUUGCUAAGAGAAAAUUAUGUCUGAAAGACUGAGAUCAAACUGGUUUAUAUAUAACUAAAUCAAAGAAUGUUUUAUAAAAUUCUAUUUGACCACCCUGUCUUAAUCUCGGUUUAUAUAUUUCUCAAAUAGCUAUUCAAAGAAUGUGUUCAUUUUACUAUGUCUGUCUUUUAAAACAUAAACCUACAUCAUUUUGCUUUUAUAGGGUGCAUAAGCUUCCAACAGUUCUAAUUUGAGCUUCAGAAGAAAAGGAAGCUUGCUUCUUAUUCCUCAGAUUCUUCUUCUUUUCUUCUGUUUUGAGGAUGUAUUCAUCCUACAUGGACCAAGAAUCUUCAUUUUUAAAUAAAAAUUUCCUUCAAAAAAUUAAAUGUUAAAUUUCUGCUGUGUGUCAGUAAGGUCAAGAAAAUAGCAAAUCUGAAUUUUUGCUGCUCAGAUAUGAUGGAGGAGGUAAAAAGGGUCAUCUCCAUGGACAAGGACACUGGUACUUUGGGCUUUAGCCAUAUCCAUUUUUUUAAAACCACCAAUUAUAUAAUACUUAAAUAAUUUAUAUCAUUGAACUUGUGAUUCUUUUCAAAUCACACUGAAGGUUCAGCCGUACUCCUUUCAUGUUUGAUUUAAUACUGAUGUAUGGAUGAAAAACCUAAAAGGGAUGAUAGUGUUUAUUUUUUAAUUUAUUUGGUACUGUAAAACACCUUUUCAGAAUGAGUAAAUGCUGCAUAUGCAUUUUGGAAUUGUUAAUAUGUGAAAGAUAUUACAGAUUCAGCAAGAAAGGAAAUUUGUGCUUCCUUGUUGAAUGUUAAAUUAUUUUACUUUGCAUUUUAUAAGAGUACAAAUUAAAACUGAGCCAUUGAACUGCAAUAAAUCAACAAUAGUGUCUCAUUUCAAGAAAUUUUUUGUACUGUACAUAGAUUUGUUCAAUAAAACGUUGUCCUUGUUGGUAA